AUGCCUUCCAGCCCUUCUUCUGCUAGAUUAUCCUCCAUUUCAGACCACCUAGAUCAUAAGAGACGUCGUGAAGAAUCAUCUGGCCCUCAAGAAAAAAGUGUCAAGAUGUCACCAAAGUCGCAAGUCCCGGAUCAGCUACCAUGGGAUCCUCGCUGUGAUCAGUUCCCUCUCCUGAAGGACCUUCCUACACUGCCUGAUGCGCCUGAGGGGGCGGCUUGGGUCUGGGGAGAUGAUGAUCAACUGGGCAGAUUGAACCUGUUGACCCCAGAACGUGUGAAAGCUUCCGUGGCAGAGGUCACAACAGGCGAGAUGGUUCGAUUGGAUCUCCCGCUCGAUGUACCGAGCACACCUGCAUUCGACCGCCAACCAUUCAAACAUACUGUUACGACAGGCGUCGAGCAUAUCGCGUAUGACGAUACCUAUAGUCUUAACACGCAGAGUGGCACCCAGUGGGACGGAUUCCGCCAUUUUGCCCACAUCCCAACGAAGACUUUCUACAACAGGACUACCAGCAAGGACAUCGUAGACGAAACUUCCAAACACAAAUGCAGCAUUCAUCACUGGGCUGUGCACGGAAUUGCAGGCCGUGGCGUCCUCCUUGACUACCGUCACUACGCUAAGGUCCACAACAAGAACUACGACGCCAACUCAACAUAUCAAAUCACACUGCCAGAACUGCACGCCUGUGCCAAAUUUCAAGGCCUAGAUCUCCGCCCAGAGUCUCAGGGCGGCGACAUCCGAGUCGGAGAUAUUCUCCAUGUCCGUUCGGGAUGGGUAGAAAGAUACGGUGAGCUCAGCCCCGAGCAGCGUCAUGCUGCAGCAACCCGAAGCCACGAGGAUCUGGAAUUUGCGGGAUUAUCGAGAGACCCUGCUAUGCGGGAGUGGUUGCAUGAUUCUUAUUUCUCGGCUGUUGUGGGUGAUUCGCCUACCUGUGAGGCAUGGCCUGUUCCCGGGGGCGUGGAAGGUGAUUAUUUGCAUAUGAGCUUGUUGGCUCUUUGGGGUUGCCCUAUUGGGGAGAUGUGGGAUUUGGAGAAAUUGGCUGUGAAAUGCAGGGAAUUGGGCAAAUGGACCUUUUUCCUGACGAGUGCGCCUGCUAAUAUGCCUGGUGGUGUUGGUUCUCAUGCUAAUGCGACGGCUAUUCUGUAA